AUGCAUGUGCCUUCUAAGCUGACAGUGUGUCGUCGCUCUCACGUUGUUGUUGUCCGGAAGUCUUUGUGGCCGGAUCUUCUUGGGGGCACUGGUUUGGAGGAAAUUGGUUCCAAGUCAUGGUUGGACAACAUCUUGCAGGGCUUGAAUGCCCGACAACUGAAGCCACCCAUGCAGCAAGUUCGGAUGCUCGCGCAAGAUGAAGCCACUUUGCGGCGACUACAAAAAAGUGAAUCGCUGAAACAUCAGCUUGACAUUAUUUGUGGCGCUGCUUAUAAGGCCAAGUUGUCGUGGAAGAAAAUUGAUCAAAUUGACCCUGUUUCUUCUACUCUCUCAACUGCUGCCCCGGCGGCUCCUCCUCCUUUGCCUGAAGUGCAAACAUGGAGGUUGCGUGCUCGUGACUGGAAAGUUGUGAAACCAGCAGCUACCGAUGGUGACGCUGUGAGUGGAGAAAGGCAUGAUGCAUUUCGCGAUGUGGCUGAUGGGGACCCUUUGUCGCACUUGUGGUCUCGCAAGUUAGGUGCCUAUUUUGUGUCUGCGGUUGAGGCUACUCGCAUUGUUCGGUCCGUUCCUGCCCAUGCCCCUCCAGUUGGUGUUUUCACUCUUGUCACUCUUGAAGCAACUGCGCGUUCUGAGGUGCAACCGGUCGAGACUAUUGUUGUCUUUCCUGACAAUAGUCAUCACAUUUACAAGGUUUUUCUCACGCACCUCGGCACUGACAAGUUGAGAACUACUGCUUGGACUACGGUAUCGCUUGCUUCGGUUGAUUCUGUUGAAGUGUUGCUUGAAUGGUGGAAAGAUUUGUCUGAUGGAGCUGUUUUGGCUGCCUUUGAUAAAUUUGUGAAACUUGCUUCUUCGCCUGUUGAUUCUGAUAAGGACUCCUUGGCCAACAAGGGCAAGUCCAAAGGCAAAGGCAAGACCAAACAUGGUAAACUGCCUCACCGUUUGUCUGACACUUUGGUCGCGAAUUUGAAUUCACACGUGAGUCAUAUGCUUGGCGAUGCCACUGGCCAAAAGCUGGCUGGCGCAUGGACCGCCUCCGGCCACAAUGUCAGGGCUGAUAUCAUUCGCGUUUCUGUUCGCCUCCCAAAAGCGGAUGCCCUUACCUGUUUGAAAUCGGGAACGCAGCACAGUGCCGUUUUGGUUCGGGAUAUUCACACCAUUCCUGAGGCGAAAGACUUGUGUUGCGUCUGGAUUUCUCCUGGCUGUCCUGUCCUUGAAGGUUCUGCGGCCCACACUCGCCAAAGUUUGCAGUUGUAUUUGGCUAGCUUUGCUCACCCUUGGUCUGUUGUGCGUACUCCUUUUCGUUGGGGGAUCAGGAUCCACAAAGAUCAUGAGAGAGAAGUUAAAGCCAUUGUGCAGCCGCAUGCUGUGUUUGUGCCUGCUGAUCACUUCAAGUAUCGUAUUGCGCAUGUUCCCAGAUCCCUUGAUCCUGCUGUUCUGGUUGCCACUCUGACCUCUGACUCGUUCAAGCCCUACUUGGUUUCGUCUUUCAAGGGAGUUGUGACCAUAGCUGCGCCCUGUCCACCUGCGGACAUUGUGUUUACAAUUGCUGAGCUUGGUUGUACUCUGUUACUUCAGCAUCUUCCUGGUCCUGCCAGUGGUGGUCCUCCUCUUGUCCCGUCCCGCCAUGUUGAAGGUGCGAGCCCAAAGCGAAAGAGUCGGCGAGCUGACUCUGAAAAUGCUUCUGUUGGUCCUGACAAUGGCCAUGGUGCUGACACUCGGGGUGGAGCUAAGGGAGGGGUUCUUUCUACUAAUCCGUUUGGUCCUUUGGAUGAUGCCUAUCAAGUUGCUUUUCCGCCUUUGCCCAACGCUGGUGUUGCUCGGGAGCUCGCUUCGACCGAACCUGAGUUUGAGCUUGGAACCCUGCCUAAUCUCGGGAACACAUGUUUUGCGGCUGUGGCUGUCCGUUGUUUGGCUCACAUUGUCAAAAAGUCGGAUUUGCGCUCGUCUGUCCUUCAAGAUGUUUCCUUGAGGCGUUUGUUGGAUGACUUGUCGCCGGCCCAGUGGACGCGCUUCAUCAAACAUCAUCACCUCGAGCAUGGUCAGCAGCAAGAUGCUGCUUUGUGGUUGCAGAAGUGGUUGGACUCUGAGUCGGUUUUGUGUUCGCAUCUUUCUGUCACUGAACAUGUUGCUCUUGAAUGUGUUGGGUGCAGUGAGCCCAAGACAGCUGAAUCAAGUUUUUCUCUUUGGCGCGUUCCCGCUCCCAGUGGCGGCUCUACUUCGUUGCAGAAGCUGCUUGAUGAUGAUCAAUGCUGUUCGGCCAACCCUGAGGUUGAAGUCUCGUGCUCAUGUUGUUUUGCUGAACACGCGGAAGCUGUGUCUAAGCGUCUUUCUUUGAAUGACUGGCUUCUCAUUCAGACUCUGAGGGCUGAUGUCAAUGAUAAGAAAAAACACACGGCUAUUUCACUCCCCGACACGGUUGUUGUUGCUGAUGCGUCUUGGGAUAUGCACCUUGCCGUGUGUCACUUGGGUGAGUCUGCGUCUUCCGGGCAUUAUGUUUUGCUUGUUCGUUCAGGUCACGAUUGGCUGUUGUAUGACGAUGGAACUUGUCGUGUUGCCUCUGCUCAAGACAUCUUGGAUAUGCCUUCUUCCUGGUCGUUUGUGUUGUAUCGUCGGCGUUGUGAAGGAUCGUCGCCGCAGUCUCCUGCUGUUGUUGUUGUUGUUGUUGACAUCGCUGCCUUGCCUGCAUCAUGUGCUGAUGCCGUUCCUUCGUCAAACCCUCCUGUUGCCCACCCCACGGUUGGUCCUGGCAGGGAUGACCGCCCUGACAUGCCGUCUGCUGACAAGCGUGCUGACAGUGUCAAUGAUUCCAGCGGCCCUCUCCAUGCUGAUUUGCGCAGCUUGCUUGCGGUUUUGUCUCAGCGGGUUGAUGCGCUUGAGGUUGAAGUGCAAUGUCUUCGGGGAGCUGGUUCCCUUCAUGAGAAGCUUGUGUCCUUGGCUUGUCCGGGUUCUGGUCUGUCCGUGCCUGUGCGUUCAACUCUUGGCGAUGCUUGUUCUCCCGGUGGUGACCGUCUAGGAGACACGGUUGCGAGCAACCCUGGCUGUGAUGCGGAUAAGCUUGUUGUUGCCUCUUGUCAGGGUCAGACCGGGAUGCAGGCCCAAUCCUUCCCUUGUGGCCCUCCUCCCCCGGUCGUUAUCGAACCUGUUCCUUCGGACGCUUUACCAAAACGGAAAAAGCCAGUCGAAAAACAAAGCAGCAAUCUGUCAUCAAUUCCUGUGGGCUCUUUUCCCCGUUCCACCAAUCCGGCAAUUGUGGCUGAAAUCCUUCGCUUGCAAACUGCUGGCUUUGCUGAAGUUGCUUGGAUUUUUGAGCGCUUGCACGCUGACUCCAUUUUGCUCCCUUUGGCCCAACAGGCGCAAGACGUUGGUGGUUGGAAAAAUCUGGGUGAAGCUUUGACUUAUAACAGUCGUGAAGCUCAAACUCAACUCCAGAAUGAUGGCAUCCAUAGCCCAAGCGUCCGCUGGCUUGUGUUUCGCAUGCUCCAGCGUGGGAGGUAUAAUCGGUUUGCUUCUGUCCUGGCGGCUGGUCAUUGGGACCUCUUGCGUCAGAGUUUGGCUGUGUGCGACGUUCCUGACUGGUGGUCGCCUCCUUGGUGUCGUCCUGUCCAUCGUCCGCAUGCUGCGCAAGCUCGUGGUCGUCGCCCGUUGCUUCCUCAUGAAUGGCAUCGCGCCCAAAGUUCCAAACGCAGUCGCCCCCCUGUUCCUGUUGCUCCUUGUGUUGGUGGCCCUGUCCGUUCGCGCAGUCGUUCCCGUUUUCGCGAUCAAACCUUGCCUGUGCCGGUUGCUCAACCUGCUGUAGUUGGAGCUCGUAAGGUCUCUGUGGCUGUUCCCACCUCUUCUGUGAAGAACAAGAAGAAGCGCAAGGCGAAAGGCCAAGCUGAUGUCAAAGGGGGUGAAACUGAAUCUGGUUCAACUCCUUCCUUGUUUCGGGUUGCUGCUAUGAAUGUGACUUCCCUUUUUUCCCGUGUUGCUGCGGUCUGUGCUCUUACGUUUGGUCUGGCGUGUGUCUCGGAGACUGCUCUCACCGGUACCGGGCAAGCCAGUGUUACUAUGCGACUGCAGCAGUCAGGGCGUUGUGUAGUUUGGGGCGCUCCUGUGCAUGGUCCUGGCGUUUCGUCGUCUCGCGGUGUUGCCUUGAUUGGUGGUCCUGGCAUUCGUCUUUCGCCGCUUGAUCUCCCGGAUUGCCUGUUGGAUUAUCGGGCCGAUGGUCGUAUUGUUGCUGGCAAAGUGUCUCAGCAGUUUGGCAAAGCGGAUAUUACUUGUGUUGCGUGCUACGGUCACACACAUGAUGUUCAACGCCGAGAAGACAUGCUGAGCCAGAUUGUUGGUUGGGUGCUGUCGUUGCCCGGUCAUGUCCUUGUCGCUGGGGAUCUCAAUUCCUCUCUUCAGGAUUCACUUGCUUUACACCAGCUCGUGAUUGGUCUGCUGACUUUAUUCAUGUCUCUAAUCUCCUUGAAGAUGAACGCCCUGAUGAUGCGUAUGCUCUAUGGACCCAACUCGCUGAAUGUGAACUUGCGCGGCAGUGCCGACUUGGUGGAAAAACUGUGUGCUCCUCCCAUUUCGGUCGCGCUGUUGUUCCUGCUCUUAGGGUUUGUGAUCCGCAGUCUCUUCGGCUCCAAGGUGAUGUUGACUUUCGUCGACUUGAACGCGCUCGUGCUGGCUUAG